CCGCAGUCUCACUUCAUCACGGACUAGAGUGCGAGGAGUGCUGGGUUGAAGAAAUGUCCGUUGAGAGAGAUCUGCAGAAUUAAAGCGCAGUUUGUGUGUUGAAGUGCGUGCGCGUGGAGUAAAGAUCUUCACAGCUUUGUGGUGCUGAAAAUAGAGGAGCCGCAGAAGAAGGCGCACAUCAUCACGGAGACUUUCAUUGCUAUAACUGGACUUCAUGAUUUCUAACUAAUACACUGUGCUUAUGUUUAAUACACACUUUAAUAAAUAUUAAAUAACUCGUUUGCAUGAUGGAGCGCGCACCAGAGAGCAAAAAGAUGGACACAUGCCUGAAACGUUUAAAGCAGGAACUGACCUCCAUGCGGGAGGCAGGCGAUGGUCUCCAGACUCAGAUGAACUCUAUGAUGGGAGCUUUGCAGGAGCUGAAACUCCUUAAAGUGCAGACCGCUCUGGAACAACUUCAGAUCUCCUGCAAAAACAGUCAGCUUUAUCAACACUCUCCUCAUAGACCCACGACCUCAGAUACAGCACUCACACAUCAUCUGAAUCAUAUCUCAAGAGGAAGCAGACAAAAUUAUACACAGAUUUCAGAAGAGCCAAAAAAACAUAUUUUUACAAGAGAAUCAAGACUGUCUGACCUAGAAAUGGAACCCUGUACAUACCUCACCAGCUCCCCAUUUGAGAAACAUAGUCUGGUUUCACACCAUGCACCUAGAAGACAGGAACCUAGAGGAACCCACCACAGAGGAAGUCUGUGCAACUCUGCUUCCUUCUCCAGCUCUGAGGAUGACAGCUUCUCCUCCUGUGGUUCUCGAGAUAGUGUCCCUUUAUGCAAUACUGCAAGCCAUUCAACCUCAAGAUCUACUUUUGAAGAGUGUCAACCUUCAUUCCAUUCAGCCACAAUGGCUGAGCUCCAAGGACUAAUGGACACACUUUCACGGGAAGGGCCCUCUAUUGACAGUGAUUUUUCUCAAUUCGACACAGACGACUCCAAUGACUGGACGUCCUCUCUGAUGAAUCAAAGCCGAAACAGGCAGCCAUUAGUGCUAGGAGACAAUGUCUUUGCUGAUUUAGUGGGUAACUGGCUUGACCUGCCUGAACUGGAGAGUCGAAUAUCUGGUGAGGCAGAGAGCACAGGAGGGAUUGCUGAAGCAUCUCAUCAUCCACUACGACUCAGCUGCUCUCAGGAGUUCUGCAGAAGACUCUCUCUAACCACCAGCAUCUUCAAAAAGGUCUUGCGCAGCAUUCGACCUGACCGGGAGAAACUUCUCAAAGAGAGAUCAGGAUGGUUACACUUAGAGGAUGAGGAGGAAACCCUCUGUAAAAGGGGUAAGAAGAAGAAUAAAGGGUCCAAACCUAAAGACAGUGUCUACAGACCCUUCUGGACAAGAGCUGGUGGACUGAGAGGGAAAAGCAAAGCAAUACCAGACAAUGCAGAAAUCAAAAUUUCAAAAGGGCCAAUAUUUGAUUAUAGCUCCGCAGUCUGGGUUUAAGAGCUAUUCAUAUAACACUGAUCAUCACAGGUGCAAAAACAGAUGACUUGUUUACCAACAAAUAACUGUGGAAAUACUGCAAGUUAUUCUCAGGACCUAUUUGAAAUUUAGAUGCCAAUAAUGAACACAUGCUCAGUGUGUAACAGAGGGGGGUUUGUUUAACUCUCUCUUUCUGUCUUGUCAUCAACCUUGUUGUUGAUGGUAAAGGUAUCCAUUUGUUUUCAGAAUAUGGCAGGUUCCCAAGGCUAAGCUGAAGCAUGUAAUUACCUUUACCAAACAUUCCUUUAACAUAGCAUCAUCCAUAUACACUAUGUACUUUGUCUUUGUGUAAGAAUAAUGUAUACAAUGGUCUCAAAUUAGUAUAUAAUUGCAAAAAGUGAGCACAUCAAGACUUUUUCUAUGAAGGUAAUUUUAAGGGAAAACAAGCCGUCACUUCCUGAUGAGUCAAAUUAACUAGUGUCAAUCUGUUCAUUGAUUGUCUGCCUGUUUAGACAACCUUUAAAGGUAGGAGUGUAUAACUGUCAGUCAAAAUCAAGUGCUGAAUACCCAAACCAUAAGUAUCUAAUUACUUCUUAUAUAAGAAACCAAAAAUGUUCAUAUACAUAACUGUAACAGUACAAUAAAGGAUGAAAUGUUUGUAACAAGUAACAGCAAAUGCUCUACUGAUGAUGUUCCACAUACUGUAUGUUCUUGUUGUCUUAGAAACUCAUGUAUGAUGAACAUAAUUCCUUUGUGAACACAUAAUAUUCUAUACACAUACAGUAAAUCACGCAGUAAAUGUCCCUCUAGCAUAUACAGUCACCCACUUAACAUGCACACUUACUGGAACACAGCACAGUUAUGAUUAAUUGAUCAAUUGAAAUAAGGAUAUAUAUCAGGUCAAAUAUUAACUCAGAAUUAAGUGAUGUUUAUUGAACAUGUUUGAAAUCCAUUCACUUUUUGUGAAUGUCCAAGCUUUAGUGUGUACAUAAAAGAGCUUACCAUAAACUAAGUGUUUUUUUUGUUUGUUUGUUUGUUUGUUUUUAUGCUAAUUAUUUUCUAUAAUGGCAAAGAGCUUCUUUUUGACAAAUCAAUUCAUGUUUCUAUUGAGAAUCUAAUCAUUAAAAGUGAUCUAUGCAAA